ACUUCCGGUCCCCCAGACCUGGGUGCCACCACGCACCACACCGCACUCUCCGGUUCAUUCCCCCCACCUUCGGUCCUCUGAAAGUAUUGCUUGGAAAUCUGAGGAUCAGUGCAGAUCAACUGGAAGAAUCGAGUCAAAUUCUGCAGUGAGGUGUUGCUGGUUUUGUAAGGAACCUAAUCCCACAACCAUGUCUGAAGAGCAAACCCCCCAGACAUCUGAAGCAGAACGUAGCACAAUGGAUUUCCCAGAAUUUGAAGAUGAAGAACGCUGGUUUUUCAAAGUGUUGGGAAUCAAGCCAAGGCCCUCCUUAGUACUUGAUAAUGGUACCAACAAAAAGCAGGAAGAUGAAUCACUGGGCCACACUGAGUCAUUUCUUCACCUGCAAGGUAUUCUUCAAGAGAAUAAGAUCAACAGUACGGAUGACAGCUACACUUGCCAAGCUGCAUGUACUGAAGAGGAUGAUGAGACCAACCACAGUGACAGCGAUAUGGACGAUAAUGUGAAAGUGAUCAUUGGCAACAUAAAAACAAACCCUUCCAUGUAUAUGGAAAUGCUCAAUAAUCUGAACUUGAAAGCUGAGCAAGAUGAGGAAAGAACUGCAUCAGAUAAUGCCAUGAAUCCAACUGAAUAAAUGAGGAUCGGAAACACCUACCCUCAUGCAUAAAUGCAGUUGUAA